CACCACCAAUUACCACCUUAAUCACACUUAGCUACACCAUAUGACACUUUCGAAACCAAUUAUCAGUCCACAUCUUGCUCUAAUCACUUUUACUUAACAAUAAUAAUCCACUCAUUCCGGCCAUGCACUCAUUUUCAUCUUUAUCAAAAUCAAAUCGCUUAGUCGCUACAGCCUAACCUACGGUCAAAGUAAGAACCAAUAAUUUUGCCAACAAUAUUAUUUUUUUAAAACAUCGUAUUUCUGUGACCAGCAGUCGUAUUUAAAGCCCGAUUCGACAAAGUUUCUCUGACAAAACCCCGAAACACACAUUGCCGUCACGAAACCGCUACUUCACAACUCAGCCAGAGCAGAGUAAGAAAAAACAGAGCAUUUCUUCCACUUUUCUAUAAUGGGUCUCUGUAUUUCCUCCUCUCAUCCCAACUCCGACAACAAGUUUCCGGCGACGGAGGAAAUAAUAUGCAACACGGUGAAGGUUGUCAACGCCGACGGCAAGCUGCAGGAGUUCAGUCACCCGAUCCGUGCCGGGAAAGUGGUGUCGCUGUCGCUGUCGUCGUCGCCGCCGGGGAGGUGUUUCGUGUGUAGCUCGGAAUCGAUGUCGAUCGGGAAACUGGCUCCACCGUUGGGAGACGAGGAGGAGCUGCAGCUGGGGCAGCUUUACUUUCUGCUGCCGGUCUGCUUCGCUCGUAACCCGCUGUCGAUUUCGGAUCUGUGUGAUCUCGCCGUGAAGGCGAGCGCAGCUUGGAAAAUUGCCUGAUUGGGGCUUUAGUUAGUGUUCAGUGUUGUUCUCUCAGUGCUCUGUUUUCGUUUCCCCUGCCUGUUAUUCUGGAAGCAGAGUGUAAUUGGGAAUUCAGUUUCAAAAUUUUAUUAGUUGGAAAUAUUUAGUGACUAACUGAUUGUGAUUCAGGGAUUAUGUUUUGACGUAUUAUUACUGCAAUUAAUGGGCAUUAACGUU